UUGAGGGGGCGGUGGUUCGUUCGUCCUGUUCGCUUGCUUAAAGUGGCGAGAUUUUUCGUGUGGAGAACUUUAAACUGUGUUUGCAAGAACGGCAGCAACAACACCGCUUCAUUUCGGUUCGCACACCGACGCGGUGGCUCGAUAUUCAAGGGUGGGGUCCGUCUGUGUGCCGGGCUUAUGGUGCACGCACUCUUCUUGAGGCGCUGCGGGCGCAGCCGCGCACCGCUUCGAGGUGAGCGGGUGAUGAGAGCGGCGACCCGCGGUUGGAGCGGCUGUCCGCCGAUUUGCACACCACGGAGUGCGUAGGUGAAGGUAUACAAGACUGCCUGGGAACACAGCUCUCUCGCCGAAAACAUGCAGAUUCCGGAAGGGUUGCUGCUCCUGCUCGCCAGCCUGCCGCUUAUGACGUCAUCGCCUGCCGCGCGCCAAUCAGCGGCGUCUCCGGCGGCGACGCACCACCCUCGUCGCGUGCGGUUGCAGCACCCGUUCGGCAACGGAUCCCCCAUCGAGCGGGUGCUUCGCUCGGACGGCGGCCCGGGACUGGUCCUGGGCCGUGCCAUCGUGGUUCGGGACUUUCGCAAGAACCACCACCACCGUCGACAGCACAACAAGCAGGACGACGACGCCGAAGACCAGGACCAGCGGCCUCGACGCGACUGGUGCCGCACGGCCCCGCUGGUGCAGCGCGUCUGGGAACGAGGCUGUCAUUCGGCGUUGCUACGCAACCGCUACUGUUACGGACAGUGCAAGUCCUUCUACGUUCCGCACGGCUACAACGUCGCGGUCGCCGGCGCCUCGGACAAGAGCAACAAUGGCACGGCUCCAUCGCUGAACGCGGUCGGGAUAGGACGCGGAGGGGCGGCGGCGUUCGUGUCGUGCGCCGCCUGCAAGCCGGUCAAGUUCCGGCCGGUCCGCGUCACAUUCGUGUGUCCCGGCCAGAAACCGGCGCUCCGCAAGAGGACGCUGCGGCGGGUGCAUCGGUGUCGCUGUCUGGCGGCCGACACGCCCACGUGACGUCACUUCCGACAGGGAUGAGGAACAUUAGCCAAAGCAUGUGACCGCAACGUCACUUUUGUCUGGAGCAAUAUCUGGAGAAGGAGACAUAUUUGCGUUGGCUGCAGCUAUGUUCUUUUUUUUUUUGGUUGUAGUGUCUACUGUUUUUACAGUAGCGUUCACAAGACUUGCAGCACAAUGUUGAACAGGAACGUCAUCGUGACGUCACUUCCGCCCGAAAUGAGAACCGUAAUCGCCCGCGCGACUGUGUGAACCGUGGUAGCGAGACUCGGUGUUUUGCGCUGAUGGCUUGAGCUAUGGCAAUAUUGCCAUUGAGACGAUCACAGAUGAACCUGCCUGAGGAGUUGCUUCAAUGCGGACAUGAUCGUGGGACGGGGCUCCGCAUCGACGCGUUCCCGAUGUAUUCCUGUUCCGUCUGUAACUUGUUUUUUCGCCCGAACAAAAAUAACGUGCAAUUACUACCUUCAACGCUUAUACAUUCCAAAAGUGCGUCAGUGCCAAAUAAGCCUUAAGACUUACAGUACGUAUACUGUGGAUGCUGAUCUUCGCGUGUGUCUGCUUCAAUUGGUUGUGUGCGGUGCGUGCUACUGGAGCCUUCAAAGUGACGUCACAACAUCAACAAGCACAGAUUUGUUUUCUUUGUACGUUACAGUUCCAUGGAAAUAUAGUAUGUGGAUCUGCUCCCUUAAGUACACAAGGACCAUGACUUGUAGCUUGCACACUAGUGCAGACCUGAUGUUAUCACGUGUACAACAUGGCAUUGUUGACUAUACCACCGUGAAGCGUAUGUUGUACCUGUCUCUGGUACUUUCUGUCACGCUUCAAUAGCACAUAUGGGUAUUUAUGAGUUAGAUAUUUCUACAUCUACAUGUGUUAUAGGGACUUAUAUGCGCACCGUAUACAGAAACGUGCAUGCUUCAUAUGCCCUGUACCAUAAUCCUAUAUGAUCAUAUGUAUACCAUAUGAACCCCCACCUCCCCCCCUCCGCUCAUUACAGUCCGCAUAAACCAGUAUGACCAUAUGGAUUAUGGUGCUGAGCAUAAGGGUCUUCUUCAAUGAGGUGUCCAGAGUCGUGAACCUAUGUAAGCUAACCGUGCUAUAUUGUGUGAUCUACUUCAUUUUAAAAUUCGGCUUCUAUCAAAAGCUGGCAAGAUGCGAUUCACAAAUUACUGUUCUCGUUGCCGUGAGGAACUGCUCUGUCGGCUUCAAACGCUGAUACCGGGAGCAUUCAAUUUUUUUUCUGUCUGUGGUGCCUGGGUUCUUGCGGUUGUUACGAUCAGAAAAUCCCCCUUGAAUCUCAUCGAAUUGUGCAUUUGUUUUUAAAUUCUGGAUUAGACAACGUACAAGGCCGCCAAAUUUCAGCUCAGCACCAAGAUGGAGUGUCUGGACAUCGCUAGGGAAAACUGGUGAUCGGUCACUGCAGGUUGGGGAUGUCCGAAUGCAUGCAGCAGGGGCUCAGCGGCUGUCACGCUCUGCUGCUGAGCACAAGGUCUCAGGUUCGAAUCACGCCGCAUAUGCUUAAGUUUAAGUGCACUUUGAAGAAACCCACGUGCUCAGAUUAAAUCCGGAGCACUUCACUAAGGCGUUCCACAGAACCCUAGUGUUGCUUUGGGACUUUCGAUUAUCUAUCUAUCUAUCUAUCUAUCUAUCUAUCUAUCUAUCUAUCUAUCUAUCUAUCUAUCUAUCUAUCUAUCUAUCUAUCUAUCUAUCUAUCUAUCUAUCUAUCUAUCUAUCUAUCUAUCUAUCUAUCUAUCUAUCUAUCUAUCUAUCUAUCUAUCUAUCUGUUCCUCUAUGUUAUUGUUAUUGGAAGGGAAGUACUGACUGGGCUCGUUACCUGAAAUAGAACAAAGACAUAUAUAUCUGCACAAACAUAUAGAACAUUUCUUAGGGCCAUGGCCUCAAUUCUCUAUGUGCGAGGCCAUUAAUUCCAUUGGUGCUUCCUUGAGGGCAGCUUAACUGGAUAUGCGACUACAACAAGUGUUUCUAGUGUUUUUUUAUUCGUGCGCAUUUACUUUUCUCUAAUUAUCAUCGUCCUCUAUUUCUCUCUCUCCUUCCCCCCAUUUACCCCAGCGCACAGUAGCAGGCUAGAACACUGCAGUUCAGGUCGCUCUCAGCAUUUCUGUUACGACGAAUCUCCCCCUCUCGCUUGCAUUUUCUAUAGUUAUGAUGAUUUUCUAAAACGUGUGCGCCAAGAACUAUCGAAAACGAGGUUGUGACUCUGUACAUAGACGAGUGUUCUUCUAGUCCACCGCGGCGAUCUGUCGUGCGUAUGGCGCAGUGCGCUGACUCCUGUUUGAUGUGCAAGGCAGCACGUGUAA